CAGGUUGAAUGCGCGGUUACAAAGUAACUCUAGUACUCGAUGGGAGUAUAUGUGAAGUUGAGCUUUAACCGCGCAGUCUGCAUAGAUUGCAGCGCUUCAAGUUGUUUGAUCUCGUUUGUAUCGGUCACUUUAGAUUUUUCGGAUUUCCACCUUGUUUAAUUUAUUCCAACUGUUAGCCCAAAGGAUUUCGUUUUGAUUUCAGGAAUGGAGUUGGCUCGUCAUGCCCCCUGCAUUGUUUCGCGGGGGACAGUAAUGUGGAGUACAUGAAGCCUUAAUUUUCUCAGACGCAUUUUUCAUAUGCAGAAUAUCUUUUGGAUUUAACUUUUUUGCUGGGAUUUCUUGUCCAACGUUUUUCAAAAUGGAUAUUACAGUGUCUGAGUUGAUGUCUAACUUCAUGGAUUCGCCGCUUGUGGUUUGGGUCAAGACAUUUGGCCCGCUUGGGUCUACUUCAGAAGACAAGCUUUCCAUGUUCAUGGAUUUAGUGGAUGGUGUUUUUCUCUAUAAGAUCAUGACACACAUAGACCCAAGCCCCAUGAAUCAGCGGGUCAACAAGCAGGUCAACAACGAUAUCAACCUGAGAAUACAGAACCUCAACACUGUCAUCCGACACAUCAAAAACUACUACCAGGAGCAUCUUCAACAACUCAUCCUCAUGAACCUGCCCAAUGUUCUGACCAUCGCCAAAGACCCUUUAUCAGGUAAAAGUAUGGAGGAGCUGAAGAGACUGCUGUUGCUCAUAUUGGGCUGUGCUGUACAGUGUGAUCGCAAAGAAGAAAUCAUCGAGAAGAUCAAGCUUUUGGACAUUGAGACACAGGCUGCCAUAGUGACCCAUAUUCAAGAGGUCACCCACAAUCAAGAAAAUGUUUUGGACCUUCAGUGGCUAGAAGUAGAAGAAAUGGCCAUCGAGCAGCUCGACCCUCUGUCUCGCACCAUGGCCUUUCACUUACGCAAACUCAUAGACGAGCGAGACGAGUCUGCCGAGGUGGUCCUAGAGCUGACGCAGGAGAGGGACUAUCUCCAAUCCCAGCAGCCUUCCAAUCUCUUAGGCUUCCCCAGCCCUGAACACAACUCCCUGUCUCCCGUUACCCUGCUGUACAAAGAAGAUCGGCAGCAUGUAGCCGUGGAGCUGGCCGAAACAAAGGCCAAACUGCGUCGCUCACGCCAAGAACUAGAGGAAAAGACCGAACAGCUGAUAGAUACCAAGAAUGAGAUCGAGCGUUUUGAUGCAGAGAUUCAGAAACUCAAGCAGGAGAACAUGCAGUUGUUGGCAGAGGCACGUUCAGUACGGGCGUACCGCGACGAGUUCGAUGCUUUGAGGGAGCGUGCUGGGAAAGUCGAUCGACUAGAAACUGAACUGGGUCGGUGUAAAGAGAGGCUAAAUGACGUGCACUUCUACAAGACCCGUAUAGAGGAAAUGAGAGAGGACAAUUUGACCCUGCUGGAGACAAAAUCCAUGCUGGAGGCGCAGCUUACCGCAGCCAGGGGGCGCUGUGACAAAUUACACGAGCUGGAGAAGGAGAAUCUCCAGCUACGCUCAAAAUUGCACGAUAUUGAGAUUGACAGGGACAGUGAUAAGAAACGUCUGGAAGAGUUGUUGGAGGAGAACAUGUUAUUGGAGAUUUCCCAAAAGCAGAGCAUGAAUGAGUCUGCUCACCUUGGAUGGGAACUGGAGCAACUGUCCAAAAACAAUGAUGUCAAUGAGGCUCGUAAGUCUUUUGGGUUUGAGCUGAACGAGUCUGCAUCCAGUCGCCUGUUAAAGCUGGAGAAGGAGAACCAGUGUCUUCAGAACACCAUCCAGGAGCUGAGAGAGGCUUCCAUCAACAUGGAGGAGGGUCAACAGCAUGCAUUAGAGCUGGAGAAAGAGAACCAGAGCCUUAGCAAGAAGUUGGAGCGUCUGCAGUCCCAGUUAGAACAGGAGAAACAAACAACUCAGGACAUGGAGAACCUGGGAGAAGAGCUUCUAAAGGAGAAACAGAGGCUGGUGAAAUCUAUAGAAACCCUGCAGGCAGAAAAAGAUGAACAGAUCUCAGAGCUGGAGCAGGAGAAGGAACACCUGACACAAGCGAUGAGCUCCCUCCGAAAGCGUGCUCAGGUGAACAGCGAGGCUCGCGUAAGGGAGGUGGAGACGGAGAACCGCGUUCUCCAUCAAACCAUCUCAGAAACGGGUGGAAAACUGGCUCGCCUGGAGGCAGAGAAACGGCAGGCCACUAAAAAGCUGGAAUGUCUUCGUGAACGAGGAGAACGCUGUGAGGAAUUGGAGAGAGAGGUAGCGCGUCUGGAACGGGUCCGUGAGCAGCUGCAGCGGGAAACUGCCUCUCUGAAAAUCGGUAGCGAGCGCACUGAAGCCCUGGAGCGAGAGAACACUACUCUAGAACAAGACAACCGCCGACUGAAGAAGUUGGCUGACGCAGCCCAGAAUGCCAGUUUGCGACUAGCCGUUUUGGAGAAGGACCACCAGCAGCUUGAGGAGGAGAACCUGAAUCAACGUCGGGCGCUGGAGACCCUACGGCCAGCUGCCGCUCGACUGGCUCAGCUGCAGCAGGAACACGCUGAGCUGGAGAGGGAACGUGAAGAGAUGAGCCGCACACUGGAGGAGCUUCGCUCCCAAGCCAAGAGAAGCGAAAGAUUAGAGAUGAACUGCAACAACCUGAGCCAAGAAAAUCAACGGCUCCAGCAGACCUUGGAGAACAGCACCACAAAGAUUCAGAGUCUGGAGGGUGAACUGAUGCAGAACGAAGCAGAAAUGAAGGAUCUGAAGCGAGAGCUGGAUGGGCUGAGGCAGGCAGCAACCCGUGCCGAGGUUGUGGAGAAAGAAAAGCGAGGAAUAGAGCAGGAACUGGGUCAAGUGGAGAAGGAGAGGAAGCAGUUGGAAAAGGAGACGCGUAGAUUAAAGCAGCAGUUGGAGGUGAAGGAGACGACUCUGGAGGAAAACUGCCUCAGAUUGGCCAACUUGGAGAAGGAAAGCACGGCUGUUAACAAAGAGCUGAACCGUUUUAAAGAGGCAGCUGGGAGAGUCAAAGAGUUGGAGAGAGAGAACAAAGACCUGCAGAAACAGGUCACCAUAGACAAGAAAACUCUGGCCAUGCUCAGAGAGGAGCUGGUGAAUGAGAAGUUAAGGGUACAGCAGCAGUGCAAUGAACUAGAGAAACUCAGCCACGAGUUGGAGAAGAUUGGCCUGAACAGAGAGAAACUACUACAAGAAGAGCACAGUUGUGAAGACAAUAAAUACAAGAUUCUGGAGACGAAGAUUGAGUCGGCAUUAAAGAAGACUCUGGAGCUGAGAGAAGAGAAGAUCCAGAGCCUGGAAUCUCGCCUGGAAGAAAGCAGCAGCUUGAACAUGCAACUCCGCACUGAGCUCACCACAGUAAAAAAGAACCUAGAGGCCCUCAGACAAAGGCAAGAGGAAGAGUCGGCCCACUCUGAAAUCUCCCAGCAGGCCUUGGGGCAGACUAGAGCAGGCCCAGACAAAGAGAAGUGGGAGACCGAGCAGAGGGAAGCCACAGCUGAGCUGCUCAAACAGAAAGACAGACUAAUUGAUGUUGAGAAGAAUAAUGCAGCCCUGCAGACAGAGAAGCAUCUUCUGAAAGAGCAGCUGAAGCAGUUGGAUUCCCAGAAUGCACAGCUUAAUGCCCAAACACUAGCUCUACAGAAACAGGCAACACAUCUACAAGAGCAAAACACUUCUCUUCAUAAAGAAACUGCUAAACUACAGGUCGAAAACUCAACACUAAGCUCCCAAAGCUCAUCUCUUAUGGCUCAGUAUGGAACUUUACAGGCCCAGCUGCAAACUCUAGAAUCUGAGGCCGAGUCUCUUCAGAAACAGCGCGAGGAGGCGUGUGCAGCCCGCGACCGCGUAACGCAGGACCACGAGCGCCUGCUGGGCGUGCACGAGAGACAGGCCACCGAAUACGAACAGCUCAUUGCCCAACAUACAGCCCUGAAGAGCAGCCAGAGGUCUCUGGAGCAAGAAUAUCGUACCCUGGAGAGCAAGUAUCAGGUUCUCCUGAAGCAGAAGGACGCUAUGGAAGCUCUUGAGGCCUCUUUGCACAAAGAGAGGGAGAAUUUGGGAGAGGAAAUUCACAAAAACACUCUUAUCAUGGGGGAGAACAACAGCCUGAGGGAGGAGAUAGACAGAAUGUCCCAGACACACAGGAGUCUGCGCCAGGAGUAUGACAGUCUGCAACUUCAGACCAAAGAGCUUAAGACAUCUCUGAAUGAAUCUCAGCUAGAACUGAACCGAUGGCAGGCACGUUACGACCAGCUCAAGGAGAAACAUCAGGGCCUGGACAUCUCCAUGACCAAACUAGACAACCAUUGUGAGCUGCUAACCCGUUUAAAAGGCAACUUGGAAGAAGAAAACCAUCAUCUUCUCAGUCAGAUCCAGAUGCUCAGCCAACAAAACCAGACUUUGUUGGAGAGAACCAUGGAGAGCAAAGAACUCUAUCAUGAAGAACAGAAACAAUACAUCGAUAAGCUAAAUUCUUUGCGACGACAGAAAGAAAAGUUGGAGGAGAAGAUCAUGGACCAAUAUAAGUUUUACGACCCAACUCCUAAAAAAAGCCGACACUGGGCUGGAGCUAAAGCAAUAGUAAAACUGAUCAAACCUAAAAAAGAUAGUUCUCGAGAGCGACCGGACGCCCCACGGGAGAGGAUCCGGAGUGCUCCAGACAUCCCCCUGCCAGAGAUCCCUACAGCUCUAGACUUUCCUGAUAGCACCCCACCUCCUCCUCCACCAACACUGCCCCCUAGACAGACGCGCCUCAGUGUGGAGUCCAUGAACAGUCACUCUACAGAAGACAAUCAUGCACAGUCUCCUAUACUUUCACCUGCAUACAACGGCCGAGUGAACGACAGUGGAGGGUCCAGAGGCAGAGAAGCCUAUCGGUCAGUAGGGGGCAUUAAUGAGGGCAUAAACGGACACGAGGAGAUGGUCCGGUGGAGGGGCCGGGAGCCAGGAGGCGCCACCUGUUCGACUCCGCUGAGCCGCAACUCCCACAGUUCGUCAGCCUUCAGUUCUUCUUCCAGCUUGAGGCCAGGACGCAGACCAAAGGGGUUACUCCCAGAGGAAGUCAUGGGCCAUCAUUCCCCAGAUGCUGGCUUUGGGAUCGGUGUCCAUGGAAACACAGGCCACAGACCGAACUCUGCCGAAUUCAGCCGCAACACCUCCAGCAGCAAUUCCCCCGUGAGCUCCAAAGGUUCUCUGGACUGCCUGCCGGGUCGGUCUGCCAGUCUAUCAAGUGAUGAUGUCGUUGGACUAAGUCACGAAGUCUUGCGUCUCAGUCAGUCAUCGCUGAUACCUCGCAGCUCUACUCUUCCUUGUGAUGGCCCAUAUGCUUCACGCUCUUCCCAUCGUCACUCUUCUUAUCGGCCGGCUUCCCCUGGCAGUGAAAUGGUUACUCUGGAGGAGUUCCUUGAGGAAAGUAAUGUGCUGUCCCCUCCCACUGUGCACACAGGAAGCCGAGAAGAUCUGAUGACCGACUUCUUCGCCAGAUCUACCCGAUCGACCCCUUUGCAAGAUGGCGCUAAAACCCCCACCAGCUAUGUCACGCCAACCAUCAAGACCACUCCCGAACAAGACGGUCGAACCACCAAACCCGGGCACAGUGUCAAACCAAACAUUCGACUCGGUGAAACCUCCACACCACCUUUCCACUCACAAACGCUUCCUAACAGAGGAGCCGGCUCACGGGCCUCAGCUCUGCAGCAGUCAAGUCCUCGUGGAGGGGUGGCUGGCAGCAGCAGCAGCCUGAGCCGGACAUUCAGCCUGGCCUCGGCAGACCUCCUCCACUCCAACGGGCCGGAUAGCUUUCGUACUGACACUGGUUCUCUCAGCCCAAAUGAUGUGGUGCUGAGGAGAUCUGGUGCAGUGGCGAGAGAAAGAUCAAUGUCUGCUAGGGUGUCUGGCUCUUCGCCCCUUCCCGGGGACCCGGGGCAUCUCUCUGUGGACCCCAGGCGUCUGUCUCUUGCUCCACCCAGAGACGAGUCCCUCACGAGUCCUCCCCCUCUGCACUCUUCCUCUGUGUCCCUGAAGACUGAACGGGAAUACGUAGAAAGCGGUAGUAGCCGGGCCGGAGGGGUCCGCCCUGGGUCUGCGCAAUCCCGGCCAUCCCCCCACCGUGGCGAGGUUGCCAUGGUGACUCCAGUAAGAGCUGUAUCAGCUUUAAGAUUGAAAGACUUGGAGGAGGAGCCUCUGGAAUUGAGACAGACUGACUCGACCCUAAUGAAGAAAGCAGACACUGCGAACUUGAGCUAUGGCUCCAAGGAGCAGCCCACCAGCAACCCCGCUUCCCCAGACCCCAGUGAUGACCCUCAGACUGUAUGGUAUGAAUAUGGGUGCGUGUAGAACAUGUUUGAUAAAUCAAGCUGCACUUCCUUAAACCCACAAACUGUUUGCUUUGUUUCUUUCCACAUUUCUUCGUAUGCCUCAGCUGCAACAGGUUUGUUUAUGGGUCAUACUGAUCACAAAGGAAUGUAUUAGGCACUUGAAUGUAUCCGCUUCCGAUUAAAUCGAACGGCAUUGAUUUCCGUAGUUCUCUGUCACUACAUGGCAGGCCGGUCAACAUUCUAUAUUCGAAAUGCAAAAACAUUGGGUUGUGUGCUAGGAGCCACUCCCGGUGUAAUUACGGAGUAGCUGCUGCAUCAAUCUUUAGGAGACGCAGGCCAGCUGCAGGUCCAUCACGAGAGACGGCCUCACUGGGACCCAUUACGGGAAGCGGGCUCUCUCUUUCACUCGCUCCCUGCUGAUAAACUAAACAGUUCUUUUCUGCUUCUUGUGGGUGACCAUCUAUUUGCUGUGGGACCUGGGUUUGGCUCAGGCGCUGUGCAAAAGCAAGCAAGAGGACAACCGAACCAGAUAGAAAGAUGGGGUAGUAUUGGACAAGAUGAUACGCAUGCACAGACCUACCUUUUGAUUAAAGCUGGUGGAAGGGUGAAUAAUGAGUUUCAAUCUGAGCACUGGACAUAGUUUUACACAAGCAUUUCAGGAUGUACUUAUGAGAAAUUUAAGCUCGGUUGUUUUUUAACACUGUUUUAUAACACUGCACAACUGUUCUAAUGACCAGAAGUUUUAUUUAUUAAUGUCUUUGGGACAAUUAAAUGACACUUGUGUGUGGA